AUGCAAUUCAUAUACAUAUUACCCGGUUGGGAAGGUUCUGCGCAUGAUGGUCGGGUUCUUAGGGAUGCCAUCUCACGGCCAAAUGGGUUGCGUGUCCCCGAAGGCCAAUAUUAUCUUGUCGAUGCUGGCUACACAAAUGCAAAAGGAUUUUUAGCUCCAUAUCGAGGUCAAAGGUAUCACUUGGGUGGUUGGACACCACAAAAUCCACCUCGUAGCGCAGAAGAGUAUCUCAACAUGCGCCACGCUAGAGCCCGAAAUAUAGUAGAAAGGUGCUUUGGAAGGUUGAAGGGUCGGUGGGGGAUUUUGAGGUCUCCUUCCUUUUUUCCCAUGAAGACCCAAUGUCGAAUCAUCAUGGCAUGUGCACUCUUGCACAAUCUUAUAUUGCAAAAGAUGUCUGUCGACCCACUUGACAUCAACGAGCCAAUAACACAAGAAACAUUAGAAGACAUGGAGGGAGAAUUGGACCAACCAGAAUUCAUCACUUCUAUCUCAACUUCGAAUGAGUGGACAAAUUUUCGGAAUGAACUUGCUCAAGGCAUGUAUAAUAGACAUAGGGCUGCUAGGGCGCAUUGA